GAAAACUCUUGGGAUAGGAAAAACCUAUGUAUGCUCUAAAACAAAAGUGUAACUUUGUGGACAAACGGGACCUUUUGGAGGUAAAAGUAGUUCCGUCGGGGGGUCAUGACACCGGACGUCAGCCACCGGCGCGCAGUUCAGUUUGGCGGUUUGGAUCUGCAGCUGGACUGGGGCGGGAUGUGGUCCCGAAUGAACCGAGCGGCCGAGGAGUUUUACGCUCGUCUUUUGCAGGAAUUCAAUGAAGAAAAAGGAAUCUGUAAAGACCCAUUUAUCUUUGAGGCUGAUGUCCAAGUGCAAUUGAUUGGCAAAGGGCAACCAACCCCUUUGAAAAAUAUUCUAAAUGGAAAUGACAUAGUAUUCAUUGUGGAGAAAGUGACUUUAGAAAAGGAAGAAACAAGUCAUGUUGAAGAACUACAAUCUGAAGAAACUGCUAUUUCUGAUUUCUCUACUGGUGAGAAUGUUGGACCACUUGCUUUACCAGUUGGGAGAGCAAGGCAGUUAAUUGGACUUUACACUAUGGCUCACAAUCCUAAUAUGACCCAUUUGAAGAUUAAUCGGCCAGUUACUCCCCUUCCUCCUCUUUGGGUGAGGUGUGACAGUUCAGAUCCUGAAGGUACCUGUUGGCUGGGAGCUGAGCUUAUCACAACAAAUAGCAGCAUUACAGGAAUUGUCUUAUAUAUGGUCAGUUGUAAAGGUUUUAGGUUUAAUAUUAAAGUGGAAUUGGGAGAACCCAGAGGUCCUUUGAAUCAUCUUCACAGAGAACUGAAAUUUCUCAUUGUUUUGGCUGAUGGUUUGAGGACUGGUGUAACUGAGUGGCCUGAGCCUCUGGAAGCAAAAUCUGCUGUUGAACUUGUGCAGGAGUUUCUGAAUGACUUAAAUAAACUGGAUGGAUUUGGUGAUUCUACAAAAAAAGACACAGAGACAGUGAAGCAUGACAGUGCAGCCGUUGAUCGUUCCAUUGAGUGUCUUUUCACAGUGCGGGGUGAUCUCGACUUUGCUGAGCAGCUGUGGUUCAAAAUGAGCAGCAGUGUGAUUUCAUAUCAAGACCUGGUGAAGUGUUUUACAUUGAUCAUCCAGAAUCUGCGGCGUGGUGAGCUACAGCCGUGGCUCCAUAGUGGGAGUAACAGUUUAUUAAGUAAGCUCAUUCAUCAGUCUUAUCAUGGACGCAUGGACACAGUUUCUCUCAGUGGGACUAUUCCAGUUCAGAUGCUUUUGGAAAUUGGUUUGGACAAACUAAAGAAAGAUUAUAUCAGUUUUUUCAUAGGUCAGGAACUUGCAUCUUUGAAUCAUUUGGAAUAUUUCAUUUCUCCAUCAGUGGAUAUACAACAACAGGUUUAUCGUGUUCAAAAACUCCACCAUAUUCUAGAAAUAGUAGUCAGUUGCAUGCUUUUCAUUAAACCUCAACAUGAGCUCCUCUUUUCUUUAACACAAUCCUGCAUAAAAUAUUACAAACAAAAUCCUCUUGAUGAGCAACACAUUUUUCAGCUGCCAGUCAGACCAACUGCUGUAAAAAACUUGUAUCAAAAUGAGAAACCACAGAAGUGGAAAGUGGAAAUAAAUAGUGGUCAGAAAAAAGUGAAAACAAUUUGGCAACUGAGUGACAGUCCACCUGUAGACCAUCUGAAUUUCCACAAACCUGAUUUUCCUGAAUUAACAUUAAAUGGCAGCCUGGAAGAAAGGGUAUCCUUUACUAACACGGUUACCUGCAGCCAGGUGCAUUUCAAGUGAAGGGUGCUGAUGGAGUCUUCUGUAAGCCCAAACCCAAAACAAAAUAAAACCCAAAACCAGUAAUUAUCACAGAGCCUGAAAACAGAAAUGUAUAUAAACCUGCAAAACAGAAAGAGAAGGAAGAUCCUGAAGAUGUCCUAUGAGAGAAGAAUCUGCGAAAUGGGUAACCUCGUCUCAGCCCUGGCCCCGCAGGAGAAGCGUCAGGAGGACUGCAGCGAUGAGCACACAGAGGGUGCCGACUGUCGGUACCACGAUCUCCGUCACCAUCCGCAUGUGACUGAGUAAGGGCUCUGAGUGGGAGAGAACCACCCACACGUGAGAAUGACUCCAUCUUCAUGAAUACAGCCCCACCCUGAAAGCCUUAACUGUACUUGAAAAAGGGAAAAUGGCAUCAUCAAAGCGCUCCAGUUAAUCUCCUUUGCUAUGAAAGAGAGCCUAGUGAAUUAAGUAUAAAAAAUUAUGUGAGGGCUUUGUAGGAUAUUUCAGGAAAUACAGGAUAAAGAAUGCCUAGAUUUGCUUCCUCCAUGGGCACUGCAGUAAAAUCUAGCUGUCUGUCAGCGCCUGUGCUUAUUACCAUGAAUUAAUCUGAGAAUAUUAGCCACCAUAUCCCAUGGUUUCUAUAAUUUUCACUGGGCAAUUUGUGAAAGAAAAGGCCUUGGGAAACAUUUCCAACCUUUCAGAGAUGUUAUUGUGUAUCUUAGGUAUAGAAAUUUCUAUAUUGAAGUUUUGUAUGGUAAAAUUCUUGUAUAGUUAAUCAUCUUGAAGAUUUAAGUGAUAAGCAUAUUUUAUGUACAUGAAUAUAGUAGAGGACAUUUUUAUAAUACCUGCUUUUAGGUUUUGUGUCAGGUAUUCUGGUUAUUGAGGUAAUUAAAUAAGGGACAGGCCCUGCCCAUGGAAUUCAUAGACUCACGGUAAAUUUUACAUCAUGUCUCUAAUGUGAUAAAAUAAAGGUUUAUUAUAGUUUAUUGGCAUAUUCAUCAUUAUUACCUGGUUAUUUAGACGGAGGGGGUGUUGGCCUAUAAAAAUAGCUGAAUUGGUAGGAUUUGGUCUAGAACUCCACCACUGAUACCACAUUAAAGAUGAAUUUCUUAAAAAACAAAGUGUAUUUCUCUGACUGCCCUUAGAGAGAAAGACAAAACUCAAAGUAACAAAUUAUAUGUGUUGGCAUUUGAUAUGUAGGUGAAUCUUUGUUACUUUACAUCUUUGAGCCUCUUAGAUCCCAUUGCAUAAAAAUGAUGCCUUCUAUGAGGGUAGGGACCUUGUUUUGUUUAUUGCUAUAUCCCCACAGCUUAAAACACCCCCUGGCUAAUAGUGAGUGCUUAAUACUUGCUGAAUGAGCAAAUAUAAUAUCUCCUCAAGUAUUCUUUGACUUUUCUUCAUUCCAUUGGUAUAGUGGUUGAAUAUUCCCUUCCUUUCACAAAGCCCACGAUAACAAAAAUAGAUUAUAAAUUUACAGUAUGAAAGCUAGGAUGGAUAAAAUACUUCUCCUUAAUGGUUUUUAAAAUAGUACGGUAGAAAUUUGACAUUGCUUCAAAUUUUUUUUAAAAAUUCAUUUUAAAUUGGUUUUGGAAGAUUGAUUUCAGUUAGGCCCAAAUUUUGAGAUUUUUAUAAUGUCAUAUGUGUAAUUAUAUGGCUUAAUUAUCAAAGGGAACAAUUAAAAUACACUCACCUAUAGCAAGCAUCUGGUUGUUGAUAGAACAAGUUUCCAAGGCUUUGAGGUACCAGCUUUCCACCUAAUAAAAAUCCGCUUGUUAAAUAAUGUUGCUGUAGACUGAUUUUCUGUUGUGUGAAGUCAUUUUUGGAAUAAUGGGGGAUAAAAAAAUCUGCCUGUAGUUUAAAUUAGUUAAUAUUUAUUAAUACCUAUGUGCCUCCUUGUGAGGGAGUCAAAACAGUCUUUAUUCUUAAGGAGCUUGCAAUCUAGUGCUUUUCUAGUAAUGCAAGACUAGUUGAUGCCUGAUAGCUAUCACUUACCACUGCCAUUUAUAGUUCCACUGGGCUUACCCUAAAAGAAUGCUAAAGACAUUCUAAAUGAUGAUGUCUAUUCCCUGACAAAGAUAUCAACAUAGAUUGCUGACAGAAAAAUGUAUGGAUUAUUGAAGCUGUUUGGUAUGUUUUAAAGGAUUAUUAAGUGUGAUUAUUUUAAAUCUUAUUUUGGAACGAGUGCAUUUCAAUGACUGGUGGAAAAAAGUGAAAAUAAAAUGUUCAUUUUACAUUUGAUUUACUUUUCACAUAUGUGGAUGAACAGGCAGUAUUUGCAUUAAAACACACAU